AGCCCUCCCCUUCACUUUCUCGCGCCCGCAACGACGCCUGUGCUCGUUAUCAGGCCCAGAGCUUUGCAGCCCUCCAAGUCCAAAAUUCUUCGCGACGACGCCGCGCACGAUUCGCGUCAAGGACGCGUAGCUGCAGCGCCGCGCACGAACCGCGUCGAGGACGCGUAGCCACAGCGCCGCGCACGAACCGCGUCGAGGACGCAUAGCGCAGCGCGACGGCGCAGCGUAGGACCACGAUGCCGGCGGCGGAAGUACAACCUGCGAACGCGAGCAACGGCCACAAGAAGGUACCUAAACCGUUAGAGGAUAGGGUGGGAGGCCACCACAAGGGCGGGACGCUGCGCGCGGGCACGAAGCAGCACGGGCAUAAAGCUCCAAGCGGUUCGGGCGGCCACAAGUACGAGUGGAAAGAUAGAACGAACGACGGCACUACCAGUCCUGCGGCCGUGGCGUUAGAUGCGGGCGACCCCAUGUACUCGUCGGGCGGCGAAGACGACGGCAACUACGUCCUCGUGUCGGGCGAAGUGCCUGUACAAGCACCGCACAAGUCCUACAGUCAGGAGCACGGCUGUUCAUUAAUCGGUCCCCAGUACACUUUAGCUGAAUUCAAGCGGCGCUUAUCGGAGUGCAUCGACGAGUUGUUCGCGUCCGAGGACGUCGAGGAGUGCGUCCGGUCGCUCCUGGAGCUCCAGUGCCCGGAGUUCUCGUUCGAGAUCGUCAAGAAGGUGAUAUCGAAGGCGCUGGAUCGACGCGCCAAAGAAUGUGAACUGGCGUCGCGAUUAUUAUCAGCGUCGACGCCGAGACUGCUCUCGGAGCGAGAUGUAGGGAGAGGCUUCGAGCGGUUAUUCGAGGCCGUGGAUGAUUUGUCUAUUGAUGCGCCGAACGCUCCUACGAUUGUGAGUGACUUCCUCGUGAGAAGCGUGGUAGAUGAAGCGUUACCUCCGCGCUACCUCGGUGAUCGCGUCUUCGCGGCGCUCGGCGGUGAAGUAGUUACGCGAGCUAGACGCCUGUUGAGCAGGGAACACGCCCUGUCGAAACUAGAAAGGAUCUGGGGCCCGGGCGACGGCCGCGACGUGGGAGAGCUCAAGCACGCGGUAGACGACCUCGUGGGCGAGUAUCUCACCAGUCACGACUUAACGGAGGCGACGAAGUGCGUGCGCGAGUUGGCGGCGCCGGCCUUCGGGCAUGAGGUCGUCAAGCGGGCCGUGACGGCGGCCUUGCCGAAAGGUGACGCGGAUAGGAAGGCCAUGAGCGAGCUCCUGAAGAAAUUAGUACUGGAGGAAGUGGUGUCGACGACGCAAGCGAAACGGGGCUUCGCGCGGUUGAACGAUGCUUUGCAAGAUUUGACCUGCGACGUGCCCAACGCCUCGGAGCUACUGAAGGAGUUCGAAUCAAGUGCGGCGCGCGACGGCGUCAUCUCUGAGUAGAAAUUCCUCCCUGGGCCCAAAACGUAUCCAUUAGUGUAACCUGCCGCCUUUUCGUAUAUCACUAGUACUUGCUGGCGUUUUGCGCGUCUGCUCGACGGCGUAUGGGCAACAUAAAAGUCCGGGCGCUCCGACUGCUCCUGAGACUGACUUCGCUGCCCUUCUCUGUUACGGUGCUAGGACUUGGAGAUAUAUUGUUACCGUGCUAGGAGGACUAGUGGGCGGAGGACAUGGCAAGGAGGACUGAGGCUGAGGCUGAGGCUAGUUACGUCGCAG